CCGAUGGAUGGUUGUCAAGAGUCAGACAGACAUCGCACAGAGAAAGUUGUUAUCGAUAAGCCGUGCGAAAUCGUUCAUAAGGCGGGCUUUGUUCCGGCCAGCGUUUCCCCGCCGAGGGGAGCUAACCUCCACCCCAGCCGCUUCACCUUCCGUGAAUAUCCUGAUACGCCCAAACGUGAGGUCCGAAUCAUGACGAGGGCUGAGAGGAAGCCGAAAUACACGUGUUGGUUGCUGGAUACAAGAAGUCUUUGGCCUGGUGAUAAAAUUUCACAAGCAGCUUCAGAAGCGCUCCAACUAAUCAGCCCCCAAGAGCGUGAGACAUGCAUCCGCAAAUUCCACAUCGCAGACGCCAAAAUGAGUCUGGGCUCUGCCCUCCUCAAACGCCUAUAUAUCCAUAAAACGCUAUCAAUCCCCUGGUCCGAUAUCCGCUUUGGCCGCAAACGCGACCCCAAGCACGGGAAACCAUGCGCACUACUACCCGACGGGAAACCUGCACCCAUUGAAUUCAACGUGUCGCACCAGGCCGGCCUUGUCGCAUUGGUAGGCUGCAAUACGCAGGAUGUCGAGCUCGGCGUCGACAUCGUGUGCGUUAAUGAGCGCAAUGAUUACCGCCUUAUUGACCAAGAAGGGUUCGGCGGCUGGGUCGAUGUGUACGCUGAAAUCUUCUCGCCUGAGGAAAGCUGGGAUAUGAAGUACAACACCGAUCCCUUCAAACUCCUCGACGGUACCGAAGUCACAGCGGAGAUGCUGGGACGGUAUGAUCGCUGCUGUGUGCGGAACGAGCAGCUCGUGGCCACCUUGCCCGGCUCAGGCGAGAAGCGCAAGUUUUCAAGCGACCUGUUGAUUGAUGCGAAACUCCGCCGUUUCUACACCUUCUGGUGUUACAAAGAGGCGUAUAUUAAGUUGGACGGGGAAGCGCUACUCGCGAAGUGGAUUAAGGAGCUGGAGUUUAGGAAUACGAGGGCACCGCGUCCAGGGACAGUACCGAGGUGUAGUACGCAUGGGGUAUGGGGGGAGGAGGUGAGGGAUGUGGAGGUUUGGCUUAAGGGGGAGAGGCUGAUGGAUGUGAGGAUGGAGAUUAGAGGAUUUGAAGAGGAUUUUAUGAUUGCGGUGGCAGUGAAGCCCGAAACUGGGGUUCCAGAGGCGUUGACGGGGUUUGAGAGUUUGGAUUUGGAGGGGGAUGUUUUGGAGGUGGCGAGGGUGGGUUGAUGUAUGAGGGGUGACGAUGUAGAUGUAUUGUCCUUAGUGGUAUAGGAGACGGGGGGCUAGGUAUUCCUAUAAUCCAUAGUGAAUUGUAGGCAUGCAAUCCUAUAUCUUCUU